AUGGCGGCGUCGUCUACCAGUGUCACUCGCGCUGGUGCGGUGGAAGAUACCUCAAUCGGUCAGCGCCUUCGCUUCGUCAAGUUCCCUCGCGACUAUGAAGUGGCCAUUAACAAGUCCCUCUACUGGCCCGCACUCUUCUACAGUAGCCAUAAAGAAGCCAAUAGUCUCUCUGCUAAUGAAGAUUUUGUGGAAUCCAUGAUGCUUCCCAUCCUGGAAAUGCGCGAGAACGGCUCUGAUGAUGACCCGGGUCCUGUCUGUCGUUUGUUGGGCUUUCCCGACGGCGGAUACUAUGGCCUCGGAGAUAUGGAUGUGGAGGAUAAAGAUAACGACGUUGUCAUCAGCUUUAGUCGCAACGUCAACACCUGCUUUGUCCAUGAAUCGAAAAAGGAAGACUAUUUUGACAAGGCUGUCGAGUGUGAACAGGAACUUUUCGAGUGCUACCAAGCAGCCUUUGCCGAAGCCAAAACCAUUCUGGCACAAGUGCAACUCAAGAAGAAGCGACGAUUUACUAGCUCAAAGAGGAGGAACCUUUUUAAAAAGGCACGGCUCGAUAAUAAUAAUGGUGGAGGUGGAGGCGGAAGCAACAACGACGAUAACGACAAGCCCGAUUCUGCAGCCAAGGUGACCUUUCAAGAGUCGGCCCCCGCCACAAACUCUGUGACUGCCAUUGCGCAACCACCGCUGGCCCAUCAACCACCAGCAGCAUCAGCAACCCAAGAGACCCAGCAGGCUGUGACCAACGAACCGCAGGAGACUGCCACUGAAGAUGCCCCAGAAGAAACCUCCAACAAAGCAACCGCUUCCCAAGAAGAAGAAAUGCUGCAAGAAGUUUCGACGGAGGAAACUGCAACCGAAGAGUCGACGGAGCAAGAGGUAGUAGCAGUGGCAGCGGUCCCAGUCACUGCCGGAUCUCCAGCACGGGUCAAAACGACAGAAACAAUGACCCCCCCGACUCCUCCGUUUGCAAAUAAAAAUCUCCAGAAGGAAGUGAAGCCUCAUACACCCUGGAGUGAAAUAUGGAAGAAGUGCCGAUAUGUUGGUUGGCUCAAACGAGUUGUUGAUGGACAAGACCGUUGGCUCAAACCUGGUCGUUCGGUCAAUGGCGAGGAAGGUGUGGAUUUCUUUACCAGCGAGGCUGCUGUCCAAGCAUACAUCCAGAGCAAGAUUCCCCACUGGAGACCUCCCGCAUGGAUUGAAGGCGGCAAUGCCCAGCCUUCCGCCCGCCGCUCUGCGAACAACAACAACCAAGGGAUGUCGUCUUCGGGCACCGUGGUCACCACCGAUUCUGGCUGCUCUAAGCCGGCACCCGCCGAGCAACACCAACCAAAUGCCCGCCCCAACCGUCGGGCAAAAGAACACAAGUACAACGAUCGAGCACUGCUUGGAGCCUCCGGAGGCAAGGAACAUCUUUGGUGGCGCAAGUUUCCCGUUCCCACUCUGGCACAAGUCAAGCCGAUCCUAUUCAAGUUGGGGAUCCGCCGAAGCGAAGGUGGGAAAUUCCAACUUCCUGAGGCUGUUGCAGGGAUCAGAGAUUCCUUGAGUUGUUGGGAACUCGCUAACUCUGAGACGCUUCGCAAGUUCCUUUGUACGAAAGGAGUGCCUUAUGUUGGCGGCCAUGACAUUCUGGAGAAGCAGGAACAGGAACUACUCCACCGUUGGGUGAGCUUCGCCUAUGUUCCGAUCGAUGAUCUUCCUGGUAGCUUGAAGAGUAUCACUCUGCCUACUGAGAACAAAUUGCAGCUCUUGCUUUCAAAGUUCCAUUUUGAAAAGUGCGGUGAUCAUUUCUACCCGCCCAAUAAUAAUCUUGCCGGUGUGACCUUUGAAGACCGUGUCGAGGGUGUUCAUAUCUUCAACGGCUCCCCUCGCAUCCGUGACUACAUUCGCCGUACCGCCUCGUUUCCUUGGACCAAAGAUGAAUUUGAAAUCUCAGAUCUUGAAGUUAAGGGCUAUCCAGAGGAGAAGGCGCUGUUGAGGUUGUGGGCUGCUAGCUCUCCGUCUCCUCUCAAGACGUUCGAGACGUCCUUGGCAGAGAUCUCGCACAUGGAGAGAAUUCUUCCUCAAGCUGGUAAUGACUUUGAGUCUGAUGACGAAGAGGGCUCUAUUGAGGCUUCCGAUGUUGCUCAGAACGACGAUGACAGUGAAGACGAUUCGAUUCGCGCCGCAAGUGCUUCCGAAGAAGAGAAGAGCUCACCCGAUGCAAGCACAUCAGACAGAAGCGAUUCAGACGCGACCAGUUCUUCUGACGUGAGCGGUAGCAGCGGUUCUGAGGAUGACGCUUCUUCUGGCAGCGAAUCGGACCACAGUGACUCCAGCCAACACAGCAUCCAAAGUUACGAGACGCCAGUACGAAAGAGCGAAAAGGCAACAGGCAAGCGCAAGGCAACAGGCAAGGGCUCAAGGAGGAAAAAAGCAAAGUCUGGACCAUGGUGGCGUGAACUCGCUCCCCCCACGUGGAACGAAAUCAGGCCACUCCUCGGUAAGCUUGGAAUCUAUCAAGAUGCGGAGAGCAAUUUCAUCAUGCCAGCGCAAGAGAAAAGGGAAGUCAAGUCUGCCAGAAAGUCCCGUGCCAUUGACAGUGACGAGUCAAAUAUGACAGAAGAAACACCGAUUUUGCCCAACCAAGAGAGUUUGAGGCAGCGCUUGUGCACACAUGGUGUCCCCAUACUUUCCCCUGCUGACGCGAGGAAGCCUGAAAAGGCCCUCACUCCUAUGGAAAAGGAGAAAGUGCGCCGUUGGGCCUACUCAGUCUUCUUCCCCACUUCGGACUACAGCUUUGCUGAUGCUGUUCAGCAAGCAUUGCCUACUUUCCAAAAGUCCUUUGUUGGUCGGGGCAUUGAACACGCGGCGCAGAACCUCCUCAGGCAGGCUGGCUUCUCACGUGAUGGCUUUGGAAGUGGUUACUUCCCCCAUGGGAUCGAUGCUCUGGGUCGCGAAAGGGAGAUUCGACGCCAAUACCUCUUGAAGGAUCUUCCAGCAGUGCGCAAGUACAUUCGAGAAUCCCGCAAGCUGUCGUUGGAUGAUUGGACAGAAGACAAGGAGAUCGAGUCCAAGAUGGGCACACACGCAUUCCUUGCUCUGCGCCUGUGGGGAUCGGGCGACGAUGCACCACUGAUCGAGUAUAAAGCCAAGUGCGAACUCAGCGUUGGCGAUGACAUGUUUGAGCUGGCUCCAGAAGAAGUUGCACCGGUUCGGCGCCAGAAGCCAUCUUCAGUUGCAUCCAAGAAGCAGAAGAAGGGCACAGGAGCUGCAUCGGUUCGGCAACAAAAGCCAUCUCCACCUGCAUCCAGGAAGCAGAAGAAGGAUGCUAGUAGUCGCCGUGGUCAACCGGUGUCCUUCCCAGUUUGGUGGCAUCAACCCACAGACCAGAAACUUCGCGAGAUAAUCGAGCUCGAUCAUCGUCGGAGGGAAAGCAAAAGAUACACGCCACCAGCAAUGACCGCGGAACACAUCGAGAUUGCCCUCAUGGUGCGCCGUCAGAUUGUAACCGAGAUCCAAUGCUCACAAGAUGACACCACGAUUGAUAACUUUGUCCAAACCAUUUAUGAAUCUCUCGGCGAGCGUGAUGAUGAGGUCAAGCCAUUCUUGAAAGGUAACGUGACCCUUAUCCUCCAUAGAAAUGCUGCAGAUAGGAUUGCGGACAAACUGACAGAGUGGUUGGCCAACAGAGGGUCUCCUUCGAGAAAUGAGACACACUUUAGAUCCAAGGGUCGCCCAUCGGGGAAGGCAACCAAGCUUUCCAGGGUUCCUGUCAUCGAGGAAAGCGACAAGGAAGAAGAAGUCCCCGACAAGUCCCCAGUUGUGUUCAACUCAAAGUCGAGAGACAACACUGAAGAGAGCAGGGGUAGCUGUGUUAUGGACGUAGGCGAGGCAACGCCAGGCGCUGUUGCGGCGGUUGCCCCCGAGGCUCUCCCAUGCAUUGAAGAAGACCCUUCUGGGUUUUCUCAUCGGAACCUUGGGAGCGCUUUGAGCGAUGCUGCUGGUUCCGUGGAAGAAGCCUCCGCUCCUGAUGCCGAUAAAGCUGAAGCGUUCACAUCCAGCAGCGAAGACAAAGAACCAGCCACACUGGUUGACCAAAAGGUGAACGAAGAUGAAGCUGAAAAGCCCCUGUCUCAUCCUACAGAGGAGGGUCAGAAUGAUGCUUUCGAGCCUUUUCUAACGCAAGAUGUCCCCGAAUCCGCAAAGACAUCCGAUGCAGGAAACGUGGAGCCUGACGACGAUGAUUCGACUGCCGCGCAGACCCUCCUUGCUCUCAAGCCGAAGGAAAACGCAUCUCUGGAAGCCGCUCAGCAGCAUGAAGACGAGGCGUUCAACGACACCAAUGACAGUCCUCAGCUUCCAGCUAAAGAGGUGGCUGUCAACUCGGAGCCUUCCGCUAGCACUACUAGCACUGAAGAAGAAGAUGGUGUGCUCACGCAGAAGGGCAAUCCUGAGACCUUGAGCGAGACGACUGAAGUGACUGCAAACUCUACUGAAGAAGAUGGUGUGCUCGCGAAGAGCAAUCCUAAGCCUUUGAGCGAGACGGCUGAAGUGACUGCCAACUCGGAGACCACACCAGCUACCACGGAAGAACAAGUUGCCGGUGUGCUCAUUGCCGGUGUGCUCAGUCAAACCCAUAGCAAGUCCAAGCCUUUGGGCGAGACCAGUCAAGCAGCUGCCAACCUGGUAGACACACCAGCCACCGUUGAAGAACAAGUUGCUGGUGUGCUCAGUCAAACCAAUAGCAAGUCCAAGCCCUCGAGCGAGACCAGUCAAGCAGCUGCCAACCUGGUAGACACACCAGCCACCGUUGAAGAACAAGUUGCUGAUGUUGCGACAAAGCCAAACGAACUGACCACGGAGGAGGAAACCGAAGUUGUUGAUGAAGGUUUGAACCAACCGAAGAAGUCAACUGAAGUGGCCGUUGAAACCCAGGAGACAGGUACCCCGAUCAGCGAAAUCGAGACCCUUCCUGAAGUUGCUGAAGUUGACAACGUGCAGCCCACUGCCACCGCUGACGAACCCGCUAAAGAGAAAGGUACCCCAAUUAACGCAACCGAGACCCUUCCUGAAGUUGACGAGUCCGACAAGACAUCUGACGACAACGUGCAGCCCACUGCCACUGCUGACGAACCCGCUAAAGAGAAAGAAGGUACCCCUAUGAACGCAACCGAGACCCUUCCUGAAGUUGACGAUUCCAACAAGGCAUCUGACGAUAACGUGGAGCCCACUGACACCGCUGACGAACCCGCCACUACGACUGGUGUUGAUGACCCUCCCAAAACGAAGAAAUUCUCGCCCGGAAGGAAGAUUAUGGAGGACGGCGAUCGUGGACUGAGUGGGUUUGUGUCAGUCAUGGACAAGAAAGAGCAGGACAAGAAAGAGCAAGUGGAAAGUUUGACUACGGUCGAUGCUGAGGAAAAGACGGAAUGCUUCAUGACGGAUGCGAUUGACAUUGGCCACGAAGAGGAUAGCGACGACGUCCACGCGGCUUUCAAGAGUCACUCUCUUGUUCCGGUCACACAACAGGAAAACACAUCGGAUGGCGAAGACGAGUAUGAAACUGCGGAGGAAUUCCAGCCUUGGACCCAGGAAGCCCGAGAACAGUAG